CAACGAUGUCCGUUCCCAGGAACGACAAUUUCCUACCAUUCCAGGAAGACUUUCUUGCGUUUUUUUCCUUGAAAAAACAGUUCACUGAAGACACGAGAUGAAUAAAGUAUUCAUUCCGAAUUCUCUCAUUGGACAUGGAUUUUCUACCUCACAGUUUUACGAUCUUCACAGCGAGUGGGUUGUGGAGACCCCUGACAUGGUCAUCGGGACUGAAGAGACAUUUAUACAAUUGUUACACUUUUAUUAUUCUUGUUGUUAUCUAUCUAUUCGGUUUCAUGGAAUUUGUCGAGGCAAUGCACAAUUUUGGAAAUAUUGAGGAGAUGGUUAGUGCGUCAUUUAUGCUUCUCACGACUGGAAAUGUCUUUUGUAAAGCAGUUAACGUGGUGAAUCGUCGGGAAGAUAUUAUUAACAUUUUUCAAAUGCUGAAUGACAACGUUUGUCAGAGUCAAAGUCAAGAGGAAGACAGAAUUCAAGCUAAGAUUAACAAUCGUAUCAGGAACAAUGCUACGUGGUAUUUUUGCAUUGUCCAGUGUGCUGUUGUUAUGAUAACAAUAUCAUCAGUAAUACAAAAUAUACCCAACCGUACGUUACCAUUCAAAGCUUGGAUACCAUUGAACUACAGUUCAAAUAAUGUCUAUUGGUAUAUCUAUUAUUACCAAGUGAUAGCACAUGCCGCAGUGGCAAUAAUUUCCAUAGCAUAUGAUACAAUGGUGCCUGGAAUAAUGCUACUCACUGGUGCACAGUUGAAAAUCUUCAAAUUCAGAUGUGAAAACAUGUCUGCAAAAGUUGAGCGAGAGCAGAGAAAAUUCAAUCUUUCGAAAGUAGCUCUGGAGAAUAAAAUUCUGAAAGAAUCUGUGUGUCAUCACGAGACUAUUGUUCAAUUCGCAAUGUCAUUCAACGAUAUUUUCUCAACAGUAAUCUUCGUACAGUACACAGUAAGCAGUCUCGUUAUUUGUGUUAGUGUAUACAGAUUGGCAGGAAUGGCACUGAAUGAUUCAGAAUUUCCAUUCGCUCUUUUUUACCUUCUCUGCAUGAUAAAUCAAAUUUUCUGCUUCUGUUGGUAUGGAAAUGAGGUGAUUAUCGAGAGUUUAGGAAUUGGUGAAGCUAUUUACAAGAUGGAUUGGUCAUCGCUACACUUGAGAACGCAGAAAGAACUUCUGUUAAUUAUGAAUUGCUCGAUGACUCCUAUCGUUUUCACUAGUGGCAAGAUUUUGGUGCUCUCGUUGGAGUCCUUUACAGCGAUCAUGAAGCUGUCGUAUACUGCAUUCAAUGUUCUUCAACAGAAGUAACUUAUGCUUCGACUGAUACAUUCAUCAUGUCUCCGGAAUUCUGUAGUUUAUUCCCUUAUGAUUGACCAUUGAGAUUAAGAAAAUAAAAUUGAG